AUGUCGAAGGAGUACGAAGCAGCCGUGGAAGGGCGGAGUCCUGAGCGCCAUCAUCAUCGCGAUGACGAUCGGGAGGUCCUGCUCACCGGCGCCACCAGCCCGGGCGUGAAGCGCAUUGAGGCGAUUGCGGCGCAUAUUACGCUCGUGGAUCGCGUGUGUUUGUUUGUUGGCGUGUUCUUGAUUGCGUAUGUUUAUUCGUUGGAUGGGACGUUGAGAUAUGUUUAUCAGCCGAACGCUACAGCCAGCUUCGCUCAGCAUUCGCUGCUGGCGACGGUGACGGUGCUGAGGAGUGUCAUUGCUGCUGCUGCGCAACCUACUGCUGCGAAGAUUGCCGAUGUGUUUGGCAGAGUUGAGCUGGUGUUUGUUUCGAUUGUGUUCUACGUUAUCGGAACCAUCGUCGAGGCCACUUCUACUGGCGUCAAGUCUUUCUGUGCUGGUGCUGUGCUCUACCAGGUUGGAUACACUUGUGUCAUUCUCUUAGUUGAAGUCAUCGUCGCCGAUGUCACUUCUCUCAAGACUCGUGUGUUCUUCUCCUACAUACCUACGACUCCGUUCAUUGCAACUCUGGAUAACGCAGGAUGGCGAUGGGGCAUCGGCAUGUGGGCCAUCAUCUACCCCGUCUCCGCCAUCCCUCUCAUCGCCGCCCUCUGGAUCGCCCACCGCCGUGCAAAGCGCUCCAACGACCUCGAUAACUACCGUACCCCCUACCAAAUGCUCGGUUUCAAGCGUCUAAGCGUCUCCCUCUUCUGGCAACUCGACGUCAUCGGCAUCAUCCUCCUCAUCGCCGUCCUCGCCCUGAUCCUCGUCCCCUUAACCAUCGCCGGCGGCUACUCCACCAAAUGGCAAACCGCCCACGUAAUCGCACCCCUCGUAAUCGGCAUCCUCUGCAUCCCUGCCUUCGUCUGCUGGGAGCGCUGGUCUCCCCACCCCCUCGUCCCCUUCCGCCUGCUCAAAGACCGCGCCGUCUGGGGCGCCCUCGGCAUCGCCGUCAUGCUCAACACGGCCUGGUACCUGCAGGGCGACUACCUCUACACGGUGCUCAUCGUCUCCUUCGGCGAGAGCGUCAAGUCCGCGACGCGCAUCACCUCGCUCUACAGCUUCGUAUCCGUCAUCACGGGCGUGUUCCUCGGGCUCAUCGUCGUCAAAGUGCGCCGGCUCAAGCCCUUCAUCCUGUUCGGCACCAUCCUCUUCCUAGUCGCCUUCGGCAUCCUCAUCUACUUCCGCGGCGGCUCCGGCGGCUCCUCCCACUCCGGCAUCAUCGGCGCCCAGGUCCUGCUGGGCAUCGCCGGCGGCCUCUUCCCUUACCCGGCCCAGGCCUCCAUUCAGGCCGCCACGCGCCACGAGCACGUCGCCGUCAUCACGGGCCUGUAUCUCGCGUGCUACAGCGUCGGGUCGGCGUUCGGCAAUACCAUCUCGGGCGCUAUCUGGACCCAGGUCUUGCCGACCCAGCUUGCGUCGAGGCUCGGCGGGAAUGAUACGCUUGCUGAGGGCGCGUAUGGCUCCCCGUUUGUGUUUGUGGUUGAUUAUACGAUGGCGACGCCGGAGCGGCAGGCGGUUGUGGGCGCGUAUCGGUAUACGCAGCGGUUGCUGUGUAUUACGGGGAUUUGUCUGAGUGUGCCGCUCAUUGCGUUUGCGUGCUGCAUCAGGGAUCCGAGAUUGGGGGAUGAGCAGAGUUUGCCGGAUGCUGAGGGGAAAGGGGAAGGUGGAGGAGGCGCCGGAAGUUGCUGUUAG